AUGGAGGGCAGAGGUUCUGGUAUGUUCUGGAACGAUAAUUAUCCCAACUCCUGCAGGGAUGCUUGCACCUCUCAAAGCCAUGCUUUUCUUGAUUCUUCUGUUCAAAAUCUUGAUGCUCAAAACGGCACCGUUGAGAACCCUACCAACCCUUUUGUUGGAGUGGAAGCCAUUGAGUCUGCUAUGGAAGGACUUAACCUGUCCACGAAUCCUUACAUAAACGCUCAUGGUUCAAGGUUGAGAGCUGCUGCAGUUAAUGCCAUUGCAUGGAGAAUAGGAGAUUCAUUUGAUGAUCAUUACAGUUACAGGCUGGUGAUGAUGGAACAACAACCCUCACAAUCACAAUCACAUUCACAACUUGAAGGUUUGAAGGGAAGGGUGGUUGCAAUGGCAAAGGAUCAAUAUGGAUGUCGUUUUCUGCAGAGGAAGAUUGAUGUGGGGAUACCUGAGGAAAUUAGAAUGAUCCUCUCAGAACUGAAGGAUUAUUUGCAUGAGCUAAUGAAACACGAGUUUGGCAGUCACGUUAUUCAAAAGAUUUUUGAAGCAAGCAGAACUGUCACUGUGUAUCAGAUGGAUACAAUUUUUUUAUUGAUUAUCUUAGAUGUGCAGAAGCUGAAAGAUGUGUGCAUACACUAUCUUGGGAGUCGGGCUAUGCUGAAAAUACUGGUGAAUGUCAAAACCCCAGAAAAGAUAUAUGCAUUUGUACUUGCUCUGAAGCGUAUCACUCUCACAUUGAUGAAAACUGCCAAUGGUGGUUAUGUCAUUCAGCACUGCGUGAAACUUUUCCCACCGGCAUAUCAAAAAGUUAUUUUGGAUGAAGUAGCAAAGAAUUGCAUUAAUAUUGCAACAGAUAAAUACGGAUCUCCUAUUAUUCAAAAAUGUCUGGGCCAUGUUGAUCAGGGACAAGCUAUAUUUCUGCUGGUUAAAGAAAUAAUAGUCAAUGCUGCAGUCUUAGCAGAAGAUCAAUAUGGCCAUGUGGUGGAAGUUCUGUUAUAUUUUUCUGAAGAGGAGUAUGCUGCUAUUAUAAUUUUUGAGAUAAUGGAAAGCCGCGAAUUUUUUAAUUUUCUUCAGGAUCGUUAUGGAAAUUUUGUUGCUCAGUCAGCUCUGGAGUACUCCAAGGGCACUCUGCAUCAAAGGCUUCGUAAUAUCAUUUUAUCCAAUUGUAAACGUCUGCAUAGUCAUCUUUAUGGGAAAAAUGUGCUGGCAGUGGCCAAAAGAUGCAUGAUUCAUUAA